AUGGACGGAUACGGCGCAUACGAUGGCAUCGACGUCGAGGAUACCGGUCCCAAAGUGACCAUCAGAAGUGCAAGUAACCGCCGAAUUGAGGAUGGAAGAGGACAUGGGAACUGACAAAGAUUCAAACAGACGAACCCAACCACGAUCAAGUUCAACCUCACGAAUUCCAACCUCGCCUUUGCCAAUUCGAUCCGCCGCGUGAUGCUCGCCGAAGUGCCCACCAUCGCCAUCGAUCUCGUCGAAAUCGAAAGCAACACGUCCGUCCUGGCCGACGAAUUCCUCGCGCAUCGUCUGGGAUUGGUCCCGCUGAGCACCAAGGGCGUGGACGACAUGGUGGACGCGCGCGACUGCACGUGCGACGAUAUCUGCGACAACUGCAGCGUCGUGCUCCGGCUGAGUGCCGUCAACCGCAGCAGCGACGAGCACCUGAAAGUCUUCGCGCGGGAUCUGUUCGUGGAGGCCGGCGCGCAGACGUUCGCGCGUGCGAAUGGCGUGAAUGGCAGUUCGGUGGACGACCUGCCGCCGCGCGGGUCGCCGAUCUUGCUGGACGAGAAGCAGCAGGGCCCGCUGAUCUGCCAACUGCGCAGAGGCCAGGAGCUGAAGGUGCGAUGCAUCGCCAAGAAGGGCAUCGCGAAAGAGCACGCGAAGUGGGCGCCCACGGCGGCCAUAGCGUUCGAAUACGACCCGUGGAACAAACUGCGACACACGACGCUCUGGUACGAGACGGACGUCAAGGCCGAAUGGCCCGAACCGGUCAAGAACGGGCAGUGGGAAGAAAGGCCGACCGAGGGCGAACCCUUCGACUACCAAGCCGAGCCACACACGUUCUACAUCGACCUCGAGGGCACGGGCGUCAUGCCGCCCGAUCAGAUCCUCCAUUCCGGAGUGCGCGUGCUGCAGAGCAAGCUGGCGGGCAUCAUCCGGGAACUGGACGCCGACGCAGACCCGGGACAGGCGAAUGGGUUCGCGGACGGGAAUUUCAGCCCCAUGGACGCCCAGAUGAAUGGCGGCCAGACGGGCUACGGGAAUCAGAGCGCCUACGGAGGCACGGCGUAUGGCGGGCAGCCGGAUGCGGGUUAUCAGACUCCAGGCUACGGAGGAGCGGCGGGUGCUACGAGUGUCUAUGGACAGGCCACGCCGUACGGCCAGCGUGCGUUCCAGUAA